AUGGCAGAACCACCAAGGAGAAGACAACGUCCUGAUAGUACAAAAAUGUGGGAGGAAAGUGAAAAGCGUGGUCCUGCUCGAGACAGAGAUGAUAAAAAUGACCGAGGAGAUCGACGUGAUGAUAGAAAUCGCAAUCAUGACCGCAAUCGCAGAGAUAGAAGUAGAUCACCGCGCGACUCGAGGGAUCAUAGACGCAGUUCAUAUAGGGAUAGGGAUAGGGAUCGAGAACGAGAACGAGACCGUGGUGGCCGGAGAGAUGAUCGAGAUGGGCGCGACAAUGACAGAAAUAGAGACUACCGAGAGAGGAAUAAUGAGAGAUCAGGUAGAAAAGAUGGUCAUCGAACAGAUGUGCCAGAUAGGACCAGAGGUGAGUUUAUGCCAGAUGCCCUUUCGCAGACGAUGUUUGCAUUGAGAGGCACACCUAACAUUGGUAAAGAGGAUAUUCGGCAAUCUCGAGAGAAGGAUGAGGAUAGAAAUGGUAGAAAAGGUAAAGAUGAGACUUCACGGAGGAGCGAAUGUACGGAUGAUCGAAUUACUCCACAACCAGUAAGCUUCAGUAUUGGGGCUGGUCACACAACUACAGGUCAAGAUCACGAUCGGAUGGAUAUUGAUGGUGGAAACAAGAAGAAGAAAUCACAACCCAAGAAGAAGAUAGAGGAGGAAGUAGAGGAAGAGGACGAUGAUAUUGUGGUUGAGGAUGAUGGAAUGGCAGCUAUGCAAGCAAUGAUGGGAUUUGGAGGAUUCGCAACUACGCAAAACAAACAGGUGCCAGGAAAUAAUGUUAGUGCUGUGCGAAAGGAGAAGAAGACAGAGUAUCGACAAUACAUGAAUAGGGUUGGAGGAUUCAAUAGACCUUUGAGUCCAAGUAGGGAUUAA